CUAUUUCCGGGUGGGGUCGGUAGGUUCGGUGCCCGUGACGCAGCUUUCAGCAGGAAGCUUGGCCUGUGCUCGCCAGCAUGGAGGCCGUACCCCGUAUGCCCAUGAUUUGGCUGGACCUCAAAGAGCCCGGGGAGUUCGGGUUCAACCAGGCCGUGAAACAGUUUGUCCUGAAAAAUUAUAGUGAGAAUCCAGAAAACUACAAUGAUGAGCUUAAGAAGCUGGAGCAACUGAGACAGAGUGCUGUGAAUGUGCCACGUGACUUUGAAGGAUGCAGUGUGCUGCGCAAGUACUUUGGACAGCUCCAUUACCUGCAGAGCCGCAUCCCCAUGGGGUUCGAGCAAGAGGCAGCUGUCCCGAUCUCUUGGACAGAAAUCUUCUCUGGGAAGACGGUUACUCACAAGGAUAUCAAGUAUGAGCAAGCGUGUGUCCUGUAUAACCUGGGUGCUUUACACUCUAUGCUGGGUGCCAUGGACAAGAGAGUAUCAGAAGAGGGUAUGAAGGUUUCAUGUACUCACUUCCAGUGCGCUGCUGGUGCAUUCGCUUACCUGCGUGAUCACUUUGCCCACUCGUACAGUGUAGACAUGAGCCAUCAGAUCCUCAACCUCAACAUUAACCUAAUGCUGGGGCAGGCGCAGGAAUGUCUGCUGGAGAAGUCCAUGCUGGAUAACAGAAAGAGCUUUCUAGUGGCCAGGAUCAGCGCACAGGUGGUUGACUACUACAAGGAAGCCUGCCGCGCCUUGGAGAACUCUGAGACAGCGUCUCUCCUGGGGAAAAUUCAGAAAGAUUGGAAGAAGCUUGUGCAGAUGAAGAUUUAUUAUUUUGCUUCCAUUGCUCAUCUACAUAUGGGCAAACAGGCGGAGGAGCAGCAGAAAUACGGCGAGCAGGUCGCUUAUCUACAGAGUGCUUUAGAUAAACUUAAUGAAGCCAUCAAACAGUCUAAGGGUCAGCCCACAACUGUACAGGAUGCUCUGAGAUUUGCCAUGGAUGUGAUUGGUGGGAAGUUCAAUUCUGCUAAAAAAGACAAUGAUUUUAUCUAUCAUGAAUCUGUUCCUGCCCUGGAAACACUGCAGGCCGUCAAAGGAGCCCCUUUAGUAAAGGCACUUCCAGUGAACCCCACGGAUCCUGCAGUUACUGGACCUGAUAUCUUCUGCAAACUUGUGCCAAUGGCAGCUCACGAAGCCUCCUCGCUAUACAGUGAAGAGAAAGCCAAACUUCUGAGAGAUAUUAUGUUGAAGAUAGAAGCCAAAAAUGAAGUCCUUGAUCAGUUCACUGACUCUCUUCAGCUGGACCCUGACACUGUAGACAACCUGGAUCUGUACAGCCAUAUCUCUCCUGCGCUGAUGGAGAAGUGUGCGGCUCUGAGCGUGCGCCCAGACACAGUGAAGAGCUUGGUCCAAUCCAUGCAGGUUCUAUCUGGAGUGUACACGGAUGUGGAGGCCUCACUGAAAGACAUUAAGGACCUUAUUGAUGAAGAAGAGAAUCAGGAACAGAAGCUGCAGGAGGAGCUAGGGAAGCAAGCAUCACCUCCCACACAAGCUUCACCCUCCAUGGCAGAGGUGAGCAAAGAAUGGGCCAAAUACAUGGAGGUGCACGAGAAGGCCAGUUUUACCAACACUGAGCUGCACAAAGCCAUGAACCUUCACAUCAGCAACUUGCGGCUCCUCAGUGGUCCACUGGAUCAGCUUCAGCAAGCUCUUCCUGCACCCAGCCUGACUGAAGAUGACAAGGCCGUUCUCCAAAACUUAAAGCGGGUCCUGAGCAAGGUACAUGAGAUGAGAGAGCAGCGACGCUCAUUGGAACAGCAGCUCCGAGACACAAUCCAAAAGGACGAUAUUACCACCUCCCUAGUCACCACUGACCGAUCUGAGAUGAAGAAAAUGUUUGCCGAGCAGCUAAAGAAAUAUGACCAACUGAAGGUGUAUAUAGACCAGAACUUGCUAGCCCAGGACAACAUCCUGAAGGCGCUGACCGAAGCCAAUGUCAAGUAUGCUCCUUUAAGAAAGGUCCUCACUGAGACAGAACAGAAGUGGAAUCACACAGUACAAACGCUGAUCUCUUCCUACGAAGCAUACGAGGACCUGAUGAAGAAGUCCCAGGAAGGCAAGGACUUCUAUGAUGACCUCGAAUGCAAAGUUGCCAAACUACUGGAAAAAUCCCGGGCAGCUUCUGAUGCAUCCCAAGCAAACAGGCAGCAGAUUCUAGAAAGGGAAAUGAAAAAGAAGCCACCACCUCGGCCAACUGCCCCAAAACCCUCAAUGCAGAAGAAGCCAUCAGAUGUGAGCCUUGAGAAUUUUUCUGCUGCAGAUCUUGCAGACAUACAGCACUUCAGUUCCCUUUUACUGUCUGACCUGCCGGAAGAGCUUAAGAGUCUUCCCCCUGAUGCUCUUGCUGCUCACUUUGACAGGAUAUCUGCUGAGGCACUUGGUCUCCUUCCCAUGGAUCAAGGAAAUCCAUAUGGGGUAUUGAAGCCUCCAGGCAUUCCUUCUUACAUUGGAGGAAGGACAGCUAGCGCACCCAUGCCAGACCAACCUCGAGUGCCUUUUAACCAUUUACCUCGUCCCUUUCCUCAAUAUGCACCAGGUGCUAUUCCUGGUCCUCAGUAUCCACCUGCUACAUUCAACAAUAACACUCAGCUGAGCACGCCAUCUGCUCAUAUUUAUCCAGGAGGGGCUAUAAACCGAGCACAUAUUAACUCUAAUCCAGCACCUACAUCUGUUUCAUACAAUUACCCUCCGGCUGCUUUGCCUCAACAGAGAAUCUCACCACAGCAUAUGCCAGUCCCAGUUUCAACUUCUGCAGCAUCACAGUUUAAGCCUAAUGCUGGGACAAACUUUGGAAUGGGACAGCAAAUUUCUUCCCCUGGACUUCCCCAUAAUGUUAUAAACCAAUCCGUACCAGUUCAACCUCAUGAUGGGAGCAUCCGCUUCCAUAGUCCUAUUCCAGGAAGCAGUGUACGACCACAAGUAGCUCAAGGGGUUGGUCCAGCAACCACUACAGUUGAUAGUAUUCAAGGGCCUAUUUCAAGCUAUACAACUCCCAGACUGCAAGGACCGGUCCAACCUGGCAUACCGCUCAACAAUCAUCCUAUGAAUCAACCAAUGACAACUUCUCAGAGCAGUUAUAUAGGCCAACAGCCACGUCCAGUAAUGGGCCCUCCAGUUUCCUUUCCUUAUCCUCAAAUUGGAAUGCAAAAUUAUGUUCAGCAGCCUCAAACUCAUUUGCACCAACCUCCAGCUCCUCAAAUGUUUCAUCCCACAGUGCACAACCAGCCCAGAAUGGAUAUGCAGACAAGGGCACUGUCUAUAUCUGGACAAAUGCAGUAUGUGCCUUCUGCACAGCCCACAUUUACUGGUCAGAUGCAAGCUCCUUCUCAGACUACACAUCCCCUAGUUUACCAACCACAGAGGCAGCCACUGGGAAUGCCUCCAGUAACACAAUUGCCUCCACAACAGAAUUUUCAGCAUCAAAACCAGUUUCCCCCACAGCGUGGCAUUGUACCACCUCAACAAAAUGUACAGUCAACAGUUCAUCCACAACUUGGACCACAGCAAUAUCCUGUUCACCAUCAGGAUAAACUGCCUCAGCAGGUACUCCCUCCACCACCUUGUGGAGUGAACCUCCACAGUGCUCUUCCCAGAGUGUCACCACAGUCAGUACAAACUAUACCUUCUUCUUUGGUUCAGCCAUCACCUUCAAUGCAUCCACAUCCUGCUGCCACUGUUAUGCAGUCUCUACCACCUGGGUCAACGGCACAGAUUCCACCAACUAUGCCUUUUGCUCCUCAUGCAGCAUCCCAAAUGUCAGUAGGAGGUCCUCAAACUACUCCCUCAGUACCCCGCCAUAUGCAACCUCCCAUUAGCCCUGCCAUUAGUCAGUUACCGGGCUCGGUUAUAGUUUCAGGUUCUUCAGCAAUUCCAUCUCCAGCACCCUCACCUCAGCCCUCAUUGGUUGCCCAACCUCCAGCAGUACUUCCAUCAUCUGUGCCUACAUCUUCUGCUAUGCCACAAAGGCCACCUCCUGCUCUGACUCCCGGAACAGCACCAUUAACCCACAGCUCUAAUGAGGUUGUUUUCCAGCGGCAGAGCUCCUCCACAGAUGACCUCCUUUCAUCGAGUCCUGAGAGUCAGCACGGUGGAUCUAAUACCUCAGUUGGGCAGCCAUUAUUGCAGCCCACCAAAGCAGACUCCAAGGAUGGACAGAAGCCAAAGAGUAUCCAACUAAUUGAGAAUGAUCCUUAUGAAAAGCCAGAACACAUAAUGCGUCUGCUGUCUGAGCUCGACAGGUUUCGAGUUGUGGUUGAAGCUCUCGAUAAGCCAGUUCCUGGCUCCGCAACACAACUAGAUUCUAUGUGGAAAGAAUUUCAGGAUGCUCAAGAAAAGGAGGCCAGGCAACUCUCAAUUGCCAUUGCCCGAUGCUAUACCAUGAAGAACCGGCAUCAAGACAUCAUGCCUUAUGACAAGAACCGAAUAAUCCUGCAGUCUGGAAAAGAUGAUUAUAUAAAUGCCAGUAAGAUUGAAGAUCUUUCUUCAUAUUGUCCAACUAUUAUUGCUACACAAGCCCCCCUUGUGGGAACUGCUUCUGACUUCUGGUUGAUGAUACAUGAGCAGAAGGUUUCUUUGAUUGUUAUGCUGGUGUCUGAGCUGGAGUUCGAAAAGCAAAAGGUGAUGCGGUACUUUCCAAUGGAGCGCGGCCAGCCGAUGGUGCACGGACAUAUCACGCUCACUCUGACCAGCCAGAAAGUCACCUCGUCCCAUGUAGAGAGAGUGAUCGCCCUGCAGUACAAGGACCAGAGCCUGAAACGUUCCAUCAUUCACCUGCAGUUCACUUCCUGGCCUGAGCUAGGGCUGCCAGAUAGCAAAGGAAACUUGCUGCGCUUCAUCCAGGAGGUGCACAGCCACUACCUGCACCAGAGGCCGCUGCACACCCCUAUUGUAGUGCAUUGCAGUUCUGGAGUGGGGAGGACCGGAGCCUUCUGCCUUAUGUAUGCAGCCAUGCAAGAAGUUGAAGCUGGGAAUGGGAUUCCCAACCUUGCAGAGCUAGUGAAGAAGAUGAGGCAACAGAGGAAGCACAUGCUUCAAGAGAAGUUACACCUGAAAUUCUGCUAUGAGGCAGUGUUAAAGCACGUGGAGCUUGUACUACAGAGACACGGGGUCAAUACCCCCUCGGCAAGUAAACCUCAGCCCAGCCUUUCACAAAAAAUCUACAGUGUGCAGGAUCCACAGGAUAUAGUUCUGGGAGGGGACAUGCCCAUAAGUUCUAUUCAAGCUACCAUUGCGAAGUUGAGCAUCAAACCUUACUCUGGAGGCACAGAAACUCUGAAUCAUUAUCUGCUGCCAGAGCCCUUGUUUGACGAGCAACCACCGGGUGAACUUCUUCAGCCUGCUUUCCCAUUAGAUGUGUUUGAACCUGAUCUUACACUUGGUGUAAGUACUGAGCAAGAACCAUCAAAGAGUCAACUCUCACAAGAUGGAAGCUCCAUAUCUGUAGCUGAAACAGUUGUAGAAAGCCAUAACCACCAUCCUGUGAUGAGUGGAAAAAUGAUGCCAACUGCAGAGCCCUCUGCUGCUCCUGUUUCUGUCUCUACAGCACCCUCCUCCUCCUCCAUGAACCUGCUAGCCUCCCUUACACCCGAGACCUUCAGCUUGGACAGCUCUCAGAGAGGAAAACAAAAAAUGAAUAAACAGAGCUUUUUACAUCCACAGAAUGGAGGAGUCCUGGCACGUGGUACUGAAGCCAGUGGUGAUCCACUCAGCAUGUUGGACCCACUUUGGACACUGAAUAAAACCUAAGCUCUGUGCAGACCUCUGUAGCUUUGCCUUACCGCAGAAUAAGGACGUUUGGCUUCCUUUAUUCCUCACCUCACCAUGUGCAUUCCUGUUCAGUGCACUGAGAUCGUAAAACGUUAUCAGUUGUGCUUCAGAUCAGUUGGAGAAUGGAACACGUAAAGUCAGAAUCUUCAGUUUGUAAAAUAUUUACUUUGGUGACUUAAUAACUAAAGACUAUUCAGCGAGACAUCAACACUAACUCCUAUGCAUAAAUCAUUAUUGCCAGUUGUAUGUGUGCAAAUCUCCCAUGUGAAUUAUCAGUUCACUGUGGCCUUAACAUUUGGCCCCACAAUACUGCAAACCGACUUAAGGAAUCAACACAGUCUAAGCAAUCAACUAAGCACUACCAUUUGUUGCAGAGCAGGAAUCUUCAUAUUCAUAUAUUAGUUACAUUCUUGCUCAUAGCAGACAAAAUAUCCAUCAUAUUAAUAUUGUAGGGCAGUAGAACAUCUCAAAAUACUGUAUUCAGCUGAGCUGUUUUGGGCCUGGACCUUAAGAUUCAGAGCUGCUUUGUUUUAUUUGGCAAUAAGGCACUGCUGUGGCUCUGUAAUUGUUGCAUAACACUUCAGUAAUAUAUGAUGCAUGAUGAAGGUAUUUUCACAACUAUUGGAGCAUUGAUUAAAUGAGACUGAUCUUUUUAUUUACAUUUGAAAGAAAAAUGAUUCUGCUUCAUGUUGGAAUACUGCAUGAUUUUUCAGCGUGCCCACUUUCCUCUUCACAAUUUCAUCUCACAAUUGAGACCGUAACGAAAAUUCAGAUGCUGACAAAAUACAUUUAAAUAACUGUUUUUGGAAGUACCGGUUCAUCAUGUGAAAUAAUAGUGCAUGUACUUUCAAAUGUCCCUUUAAGAGAUUAUUUAAUGGUUACCCAGCCACUCCAGUGCCUUAUUGCCAUUAUUAUGUCCUAUUUAAUAUGUGUAUCUCUUCGUGUAUUUGUCCAUUUAAAUGUACAGUACAAUAUAGCUUACAUUUCAGAAUACUUGAAUGGUGUUUAAAGGUGCAGUCCUGUUUAUGGGUUUCAUUUUUGGUUCUUUAAAGUAUCUGUUCUCUUCUCAUUUUAUUUUUUCUUCUUAAUUAUUGAUAUGAAAACCAUUUCCGAGCAUUGCUGGAUUCACUGCAGUAUUGUUUUCUCAUAUCCAAAUAAGACCCAAGAACAAAAAUAUUGUAAAUACACUGUCUGUUUAUGGAUUUUAUUGUGCUUCUCACAGUGCUAUUAAAUCUUUUAAUUAUAAACUCUAAAAUAAAUGUUUAAAAAAAACGUUA